AGGUGUUGAGCUUCUCUGUGUCUCCAGCAUCGAUUCAUUCCUGUUUCAUUUGCGUAGUAGAAACGUCAAGGGUGGAAUGCUAUUAUCUUAUAUAUGUGUAUCUUGUAAUUUAUUGCACUAAAUUUCAAUCAAGGCAAAAUUUGAACACAAUAGUAAUAAAGGCAAAGUCGGCCUACAAUAUUAUUAUUAUUAUUUAAAGAAAUAGAUAGAAAACUAAAUUGGAUUGGUGUGACGGAAAAACCAAUAUGGAGGCAGUCACGCUUACCUGAAUAAUUUUUCUUAAAUAUGAUUUUAUUCAUUAUUAAUAUUAAUUACUAGGUAGUUAAGAGUCGUGACAUGAUAAAAUUGGAUUCUCAAGUUGCAGAUAUUAUAAUUCUCGUGUAAUAAGUAAAUUGGAUCUUGUUGCAAUAUCAACAUGCCAAGAAUAGAUCCUUUCUUGUUAUUAAAAUGUCUAUCGGUUUUAUUAUCUCCAGAAGGUGGUAUAAAUUCGAGAGAAGAAGUUCCGCGCCUUGUUAACUUAAUGACAAAGUUUUCUAAAAAGCUUGUGAGUAAGUGUGUUUACUUACUUAUUUUGAAAAGUACUGAUGUUACAUUGGUAGACAUGUUCAUGACAUCAGGAGGUUGGCUCUUAAUCCAUACUUGGCUACAAGAAGCAAUGGCCAAUUCAAAUUGGAAUUUAGUCCAAGAGGUUCUUGAAUUACUGUUAAUCACACCUGUAGAUUCAACUAGAUUGAGAUUGAACAAUAUCCCCAAAUUAGUGAAGACCCUGUCCAAAAAGGAAGACCUUGGAGAUGUUAAAGAAAUGGCUACAUCCUUAGUUAAUAAUUGGUUAGCUAUUGUGAAAAACUCAACUCCUAUUAUUCAAGAAGAAAAGUCAUCUGGAAAGUCACCUGAUAUUUCCGAAGUCACCGAUGAAAUUACAGAAAUUAAAGAAGAAGAAGAGCAAGAUCAUGCGAAGGAUUCUCCUGUAGAGCCUCCAGCAGAAUCUCCCGUUGUAACAAAUGAAAUAGAAACUAUAGAACUUCCGGAGCCACCGGCGGUGGAGGAAGAACCAGUUAAAAUGGAAGUAGAGGAUGAAAAUACAAUAAGCACCAGUAUGUUUUAUAAAAUAACUGUCAGAGAUGGAAAGCAAGUUCUUACUAAAUUAACCAAUUCCGAGGAAGUAGAUGAUAAACCGAUUAUAGAAGAACCUGAGAUUUCCGAAGAAACCAAUGAAAAGGAAAAAGAUCCAGUAAAAGCUGAGGAGGACAAACUUGAUAAAAAUGAAUCUAAAUCGAAGUCUAGCAGUAGUAGCAAGUCUUCUAAUAGUAGCAGUAAGAAAAGUUCUUCCUCUAGCAAAUCGAGUAGCAGCAGCAAAGACAAGGACAAAAAGCACAGCUCUAAACAUUCCUCCAAAAGUGGGAGUUCCAGUCGGGAUAAAGAUAGAAGUAGAAAAGAUAGAGAGAAAGAAAAUGAUAAGGAUAAGCAUAGAAGUAAUGGAUCUUCAAAACAUAGUUCAAGUAGUAGUGGUAAAAGUAGCAGCAGUAAAAGUAAAGACAAAAAAGAUACAAAAGAAUCUAAAGAGAAACAAGCGGAAAAAGAUAAAGAUACUCUGGAGAAACUGAAACCGGUUACUUUAGAUAAAAUUGGUAGGAUACCAAGAAAAACCUCUUCAGAUGAGAAAGACAAAGAGGUCAAAAAGAAACCGUCUAUAUCUAUUGAACCCAAGAAAAAGGGUGAAAAUAGACCAAAGACAGUUAAAAUUUUCAAUUCGAAGAUGCGUUCUACUGGACUGGAAGAGGAAGUGAAGCCAGCACCGCCCAGAAGCGCAGUCAAGAAAAUUCCACCAGUAAUACCACCAUCUCUUCCGAUGAAAAGGCUUUCGCCCCCUAAAGAUCACUUCCCAGUACCACCGGAGAAAAAGAUAAAAUUGGAGCUUCCGGAAAGGAUUGGAUCCAUAAAAUUAAUCCCACCUAAACCAAAACCCGCAUUCCUCCAAGAAAGUGAUAUAUUUAUGGAUGCAUUAACAGCAGCUACAUCAAAAAAAGAACCAAAAAAGAAGAAACGGCGACUCAGUCAGUCUAAAGAACCAGAAGAGACUACCCCUUCAAUUGUUCAACAACCAGCUUCAUCACCAUUAGCAAUCAAACAUUUUACUCCUGCCAAUUUCUAUCAGGAAACAUUGCAAGAUACUAAUGAAAAUGAAGAAACAAAGGAUGAUAAGGAGACUAAGACUGAUGAACCAAUGGAAGAUAUUACUGAGGGAGAAAACGCAAAAGAAAAAAUUAGCGAAGAGAAAAAUGAUAAAACGGAAGAUGUGGAAAUGAGUGAAGUGAAUAAUGAACCCUCAACAAGGACAAAUAGUGAUGGUUUAAAGGGUGCAUUGGUGUAUUUUAAAAAGAAAGGACCAAAACGUUCUAUACAGUGGAAAGACGACAAAGACUUGGUUGAAAUUCGGUAUUUUGAGCUGGAUGAAACGGAAAGAGUAAAUGUAUCACGGCCUAAUUUCACUGAUAUGGCUAAGUUAGACAUGACACACGAAAGAGAAGCAUUGCUGGGACGUAAAUUAAAUAAUGAAGAUCUCAUGGAGCCCACAAUGAUCUGGAGAGUACCGUUCCUUGUUGAUCAACCCGAUUUACCUGUACAGCCUGGUUCUAAAAGUUUGGAAAAAGAUAUACAAUAUGCUAGGUCAAAGAAUACUUUACAAGCAUUGUACUUCAAUAAAAAUUCUAUCCCUGAUGCCCCUGGAGAACCUGUCCCAGAAAUUCACCCUAUGGUGGAUCCAGUGAGUAUACCCUUAGAAGACGCAGAAAGUCAGGUUUGUGAUUUGAGAAAUACACCAUGGCCAGAACCCAAAGGUAUGGCACCAGUUGAACAAAUUUCUGUUAAUAAGCCAAUGAUGUUCCCAAAUAUGCCUGGACCAUUUCCAAACUUUCCACAAAUGGGACCACAAGGUUUUCCGGGUAUGCAAGGUCCACGCUUCGGUCCUCCGAAUAUGAUGCCCAAUGGUCCUCCCAAUAUGAUGCCAAAUAACAUGAAUAUGCUAGGAAAUCCGAAUAUGAAUAUUGGACCUCCUAUGGAUAUGAUGAAUCAAGGACCAAUGAACCCUGGACAUAUGAACCCAGGACCAAUGAACCCAGGACCUAUGAACCCAGGGCCAAUGAAUCAAGGACCAAUGAAUCAGGGGCCUAUGAAUCAAGGACCCAUGAAUCAAGUACCUAUGAACGCUGGUCCAAUGAACCCAAAUGUAUUUGGUCCAAAUGGACCUAAUAUGGAUGGGUUCAACCCUAUGAUGAACGAAAACCAAAACUUCCCAAUGCCUUUCAACCAACCAAAUAUGUUUGGACCACCAAAUAAUAAUUUCAAUAACAUGGAAAGAGGUGGCGGACAUAGAGGUAGAGGGGCAUUCCGAAGAGGGCACAAUUGGGACAGAAAUGUAUCCAGAGGAGGAAACAGUUGGAGAGGAGGCAAUGGUAACCAUAGAGGAGGUCGGCUUUGUAAAAAUGUGAAGAACCAUGGUUUUUGCAGAAAAAUUGAUACUUGUCCAUUUAUUCAUCCCAAUUAGAAGUAUAUUAACUUGAAAUGUAAAUAAGAUACAAAUUGUACAGUGUCAUUGUAAAUUAUUUUCAACCGUUGUCUGGUUGGCAUAUUGUGAUAUUAGGAGAUAAGUUUGGUGUUGAUCACUGCCUCCAGUAGUGACUUUAUCAGUUGUUAUUUCUACGAAAGAAACUUUACAAAUUAUUUGUAUAUAGCUUGUGAAUAUUAAUAAUAUGAUUUAUACUAUAAA